UGUGGCACAAACACGUUUAAUUGGUCGGUACACGACGCAGCAUACAACACGACACACACACGCACAUGGAGGAAUGCAUGCAAUCAAGUCAAGCCAAGCCAUCAUGGCGGCAGUAUUCCCUCGACUCUCAAGCAUCCGUCCAUCCAUCCAUCCAACCAUCCGUCCGUCCAUCCCUCUACAUCUACUUCCGUCUGUCUCCUCUCUCCAACCAACAAUCCAUCCAUUUCUCUCAAUCACUCCAUCAAGUGGUGUCCGUCCCUCCGCCAUUCCCACUACCAGACGCCGCGGCAGCAGCAGCAGCUGCAGCACCCACAGCCCCUCCCCCUCCCCCGCCCCUGCCCCCUCCCUGUCCGCCCCGCACCUGUCUCUGCCGCAGGUAUGGGUCGUUGAAGGCCUCGAGGACAUCGGGCCUGGCCGACACGUCCGGGUUGAGGAGGCGUCUGAGGAAUGCUUGAGCCUCCUGGGAGAGCUUGGGGGAGGGCGGGAAGGUGAGUGAGUGGGGGGCGAGGGCGGCGAUGGUCUGGUUGCGCAUGACGGUCGACUGGCUCUGCCCGUGGCCGAAAGGGCGCUGGCCGAAGAUGAGCUCGAAGAACAUCACGCCGGCCGACCACACAUCAACCUGAACACACACAGACAAAGACAACACCCACCCAUUCAGUUUCGCACUGACGGAUACAUAUUUUCCAUGGCGACAAAGGGAGGGACCUUGCUGGAUAUCUUGGGUGUGGUGCCGGGCGGCGGGAAGCACUCCGGCGGGAGGUACCAGUAUGUGCCGGCCCCGAUGGUGGUGAGUUCGAUGGCGUCCUCGCCGCCGCCCAGCUUCUUGGACAGCCCGAAGUCGGUGAUCUUGAGCUGCCCGCGCGAGAAGAGGAUGUUGGACGGCUUCAAGUCGUAGUGGAUCACUUGCUGCGGCCAUCCAUCCAUCCACGACACACACCCAUAAGAGACACAUCGAUAGGGAGGCAUGCAUCCAGCCACCUCCCACCAACGUACCAUCUGUGAGAGGUACUUGAGCCCCGCGAGUAUCUGGAUGAGUAUGCCCUUGGCCUCUUUCUCGCCCAGCGCGCCAUGCUCCUUCAGAUACGAGUCGAGGUCGGUCCCCGGGCAGUACUCGAGGACGCUCGCGAACUCGCUGCUGGAUAUGGCGAUGCGGUUGUAGUUGGUGACGAUGCGCGAGUGGCGGAGCUUGCGGUGCAGGUCGCUCUCGCGCAAGGCCAGCUUGACGUAGUUCUCGCGCUGGACGGGGUGCAUGUCCUCGCGGAUGGCGUGGAUCUUGAGGGCGACACGGCAGCACUCCUGCAGGUCGUAGGCCUCCCACACCUCGCUGAAGCCGCCCUUGCCGAUCAUGUUGAGCAGCUGGAAGCGCAGACCGUGACGCUCGAGGAUCUGGAAGUUGCGCCACUGCGACACCUCCUGCGCCUUGUAGGUCCGCCACUCCUACGCCAACACAAAAAGAGACAUGGGUAAUGUUUGUUGCGGCGGGGGGGCUAGGGGGGUGGGAGUGGCGUGUGUACCUUUGAGAAGACGACCCUGUUUCGCUUGAGCAGGUUGAGCCGCUCCUUGAUGGCGGCCUCCUCCUUCUUGAGGUACUCCAUGCGAUUGUUGCACAGCUCACGCAGCACCCAUAUCCCCUCCUCGUCCUCAGGCAGCACCGAAGGCAUCCGCCACGCGCUAUUCGACUCGGGGGUCGUCGACAACACGCCACCACCACCACUUAAAAUGCCCCCAACACCACCACCACUGCCCAUGGCUAUGUCAUGAUCAGCUACGCCCCCACCCUGCUGCUGCUGCUGCCCCUGCUGCCCGACGUCAUCCCCACCAUACCCCUGGUCGUCUGAUGCCGCUGCCGCCGCUGCUGCUGCUGCUGCUGCUGGUGGACGUGACGGCAGCUCUGGGACUUUGAAUUGGCCUUGGUUGUUGUGUUCGGGCGGGGGAGAGAGUGGGGGUGGGGGGGCCGCUGCAGCGGCGUUGCGCUUGCGGUUCUUCUCGACUGUCUUGGUGAGGUUGUUUCGGAUCUGCUGGAUCUCGGCCUUCUCCUGGUCGAUGCGCCGCUGGAGUGCCGAUAUCUCGUCCUGCUCGGUGCCGCCCUCCCACUUGCCGUCGACCGUCGGCUGGCCGAAGCGCUUCCGGUCCUCGAGCAGCUUGAGCUCCUUCUUCUCGCGCUCCAGCUUGGCCUUCUCCUUGACGAUCUCCACCAGCUCCAUGCGCGCGUUCUCCAGCUGCUUGCCCACCUGCUUCUCAUAUGACUCGAACUUGGCCCGGGACCGCUCCAUCUCGCUGGCCUUGUCGUCACGCACUGCCUGCAGCUGCUGCUUGAGCUGUCCCACCUGACGCUCCAGCGCACUCUCGGCGGGGCUCUUGCCGCCGGUGUUCGGCUGCCGAGCUGAUGCUGAUGCUGCUGCUGCUGAUGCUGCUGCAGCCGCUGAGGCGUCUGCGGCCUUCUUGGCCCCUCCUCGCCCCUGCCCCUGGCCGUCGUCCUUGAGCUUGCUCCCGCCCUUGGGUGCGAAGUAGGUGGUGAUGGGCCGACACCCCGCUGGCCGCUCCGUGGUGGCGGCCUUGCCCCCCUCCCCCUCGUCCCCAACAGAUGACGGCCCCCCAGCCGCCUCGUCACUACCCCUUCCCCCACCCCCAUUGGACACCCUCAACACACCACCUCCCUUGCGCCCCUUGCCGCCGCCACUGUCCUGCUUCUUCCCAUUGCUGCUGGCCUUGUUGUGUCCGUCAGAGGGGCUCCUCUGCACGGGUUUGGGAGGGGGAGGGCCGCUGACAAUGUCGUCGUCAGUGAUCUCCACGGGCGCCCCAGCGCUGUUGCCUGCGAUGGCGAUGGCGAUGGCGUUGCUGGCAAAUGCUGCAGAUGCAGAGAUUGCUGGAAUGACGUCGGCCGCCGGCGAUUGGUCGGGGGGUGGUGACACGGGAGAGGGGGAGGGACAGGGGGAAGGGGCAGCUACACGGUCUUCAGGUGGCUGGACCACGCCGUUGACGCCGUUUACACCAACACCACCCACACCGUUGCCACCGCUGCUACUCGGAGGGGCGGCAGACUCGUCCAAAGCCAUCGGCAGCACACCUCCAUCAUCGCCACUGCCGCUGGCCGCCAUCCGUCCCCGUGCGAUCGUCAUGCUCUCCCCCUCCUCUCCCUCCUCCAUCUCGUUCGGAGGCGAUGCGUUGGGCGAGAGGUUGGGCGACAUGUUGCGGCUGGAACUUGUGUGUUGGCCGCCCCUGGCUCCUCUCAUGUCGGUGCGUCGGCGUUUCUCCUGGACAAAGUCGGGCGGCUUGACGGGGUGCGCCGCGCCGGGCUGCGCCCUGCCGGGGUCGAACUUGGUGGGCAUGGCGGUCUUGCGCUUCCCAGCACCAUUGCCAUUGCCAUUCACCGCUGCCAGUGCCGCUGGUGCUGGGCCGCCGUGGAUGGAAUGGUUGGAUUGGCCAGAUCUGUCCUGCUCACGGUCCUGGUCGUGGUCGUGGUCCUCCUCCUGCUCGUGGUCGGAUGGGGCGGGGGAGAGGUCCAUCUUGGCGCUGGUGGCCAUCACCAGCAUCGUGUGGAUAGACGGACGGACGGACGGACGGACGGACAGAUGGAUGGACGCACAGAUGGAUGCGCAGAUCAGGUCAUGGCCGGCCGUUUAUGGGGGGAAAGAUGG